CACAGGCUCUGGCCGCCUAAGAGCCAGAGAGAAAGUUCCCGGGACAGUUCGCCCGCGGGAGGGCCCAAACUGCGGCCACUGGCCGAGAGGGUCUUGAGUCCUGAGAGUGCUGCGCGCGGUCCUCCUGCACGCACUUGGCUGCCCGGGCCCUGCUUUCCGAGAGAAGCAGAGGAGCCUCGCAGGCGGGCAGCCGGGGCGGCUGGGGCUAAACUUGGACGAGGAGGAUGCUGCGAGUGGGCGCGGCGGCUCGGGGCGCGGGGGCGCUCGCCAAGCACUGAUUGCUCCCGGCGGACUCCGAGCGCGCUGAAGAGCAGUGGGCAGGUAGCGGCUCCAAGCGCCCGGACUGCGCCAAGCCGACAAGCAGGGCCGCCAGCGCCACCGUGCAGGCGUCGUCUCCUCGCCACGGAGUCAUGGUGCGAGCAGCGCACACGCCCCGCGCGGAACUCUGAGCUCCGGCCGUGCGUUGCUCCCCCUCCUCUGGUAUUCCCAUCCGAUCUCCCCGUGACUGCCUUGCUCGCGGACCAUGAAGCUAUCGCCCAGAGCCCCUUGCCUCUGAGCUACGCAUCGCCCCGUUGCAGCCCCAACGCCACUGGGCCACAGACAGCGCUCCAAGCCUUGAAGCUCGGGAUCUUCCAGGGGCGCCGGGCGUACGGAGAUGGCGCUCGGUGGACUCAUCUGGCAGAGCAAAGUUCGCCGGAGGCGAGAGAUGCUGCCGCAGCAAGUUGGCUUCGUGUGCGCUGUGCUGGCCCUGGUGUGCUGUGCCUCCAGCCUCUUUGGAAGCUUGGGCCACAAAACAGCUUCUGCUGGCAAACAUGUUCUGCUGGACACGUGGCGAAAUAGAAAAUUGAUGGCACCAAUCAAUGGGACUCCGCUGGCUAAGAACUGCACAGAUCCUGCGAUUCACGAGUUCCCCACAGACCUGUUCUCCAACAAAGAACGACAGCACGGCGCUGUCCUGCUACACAUCCUUGGUGCUCUCUAUAUGUUCUAUGCCCUGGCCAUCGUGUGCGAUGACUUCUUUGUCCCAUCCCUAGAGAAGAUCUGUGAGAAACUUCAUCUGAGUGAAGAUGUGGCAGGUGCCACCUUCAUGGCUGCAGGAAGCUCAACACCAGAGCUGUUUGCUUCUGUCAUUGGUGUGUUCAUCACCCACGGAGAUGUUGGUGUAGGAACGAUUGUGGGCUCUGCUGUGUUCAACAUCCUAUGUAUCAUUGGAGUGUGUGGACUCUUUGCUGGACAGGUGGUGCGGUUGACGUGGUGGGCUGUGUGCCGUGACUCUGUGUACUACACGCUCUCUGUCAUUGUGCUCAUUGCGUUCAUAUACGAUGAGGAAAUUGUGUGGUGGGAAGGCCUGGUGCUCAUCAUCCUGUACGUGUUUUAUAUUCUUAUCAUGAAGUACAAUAUGAAGAUGCAGACAUUUUUCACAACCAAACAAAAGAGCAUUGCAAAUGGUAACCCGGUCAGCAACGAGCUGGAAGAUGUGAAGGAGAAACCUCCCUACGGCAAAACCCCCGUGGUUAUGGUGGAUGAGAUUCUCAGCUCCAGCCCUCCCAAGUUCACCUUCCCUGAGGCUGGCCUGCGCAUCAUGAUCACCAACAAGUUUGGGCCCAGGACUCGACUACGGAUGGCCAGCAGGAUCAUAAUUAAUGAACGACAGAGGUUGAUCAACUCAGCCAAUGGUGUUAACAGCAAGCCACUGCAAAACGGGAGACAUGAGAACAUAGAGAAUGGAAAUGUUCCUGUGGAGAACCCUGAAGACCCACAGCAAGGCCAGGAGCAGCAGCCGCCACCACAGCCACCACCCCCAGAGCCAGAGUCAGUAGAGACAGUCUUCCUGUCACCCUUCUCAAUGCCUGAGGCAAAAGGCGACAAGGCUAAGUGGGUAUUCACUUGGCCCCUCAUCUUCCUCCUGUGUGUCACCAUCCCCAACUGCAGCAAGCCCCGCUGGGAGAAGUUCUUCAUGGUCACCUUCAUCACGGCCACUCUGUGGAUCGCCGUGUUCUCCUACCUCAUGGUGUGGCUGGUGACUAUUAUUGGAUACACACUUGGGAUCCCCGAUGUCAUCAUGGGCAUCACCUUCCUGGCAGCAGGCACAAGUGUUCCAGACUGCAUGGCCAGCUUAAUUGUGGCAAGACAAGGUCUUGGAGACAUGGCAGUCUCUAACACCAUCGGAAGCAACGUGUUUGAUAUCCUGGUGGGGCUUGGCAUCCCGUGGGGCCUGCAGACCAUGGUUAUUAAUUAUGGAUCCACAGUGAAGAUCAACAGCCGGGGUCUGGUCUAUUCCGUGGUGCUGCUGCUGGGCUCUGUCGCUCUCACUGUCCUUGGUAUUCACCUCAACAAAUGGCGCCUGGACCGGAAACUGGGCAUCUACGUGCUGGUCCUCUAUGCUGUCUUCCUGUGCUUCUCCAUAAUGAUAGAGUUUAAUGUCUUUACCUUCGUCAACUUGCCCAUGUGCAGAGAAGACGACUAAAGCUGAACCAUUGCCCAGGAAACUGCUGUUGCCACCGAGAUGCUGGCGUCCUCUCUCUCUCUUUCUCCACACAGGUCUCUACUGCCUUGGCAGCCACUGUCAAUUCUUUCAUGAGCUGGAAGGAAGGGCCACCAUGGUCUUUGUCUGGUCACGGGCCAGGCUGCUGGGCAUCUGUUCCCGCAUGACAGGGUCCAGCCGUUAUUUGAGCAGCUCCACAGACUCUUGGCUACCAGCUGCAGGGAUGCAUCGUAUCUCUUCUCUCUUGCACACUUUAGUCAAAAGGACUUUUGUGUGCUGUUUGUCUUUCUGUUACAUGGGCAGCCUCAGAAAUGAGUCAGCCCGUAAACACAAGGUGUCCUAGGUGAGUGCAAAGUAGGUCCAGAGGCAAGUGUCUCCUCUGAGCCUGGAGAAAGCAGACUAUGUUACCAUGACUCUGCUGGGAACACUGGAAGAGACAAAGUAUCAACCUGCAGGGGCUUCCAACCACUGCAGUUAUAGGAAAACUAGGAAGCGUGGAAACUCUCUCAAUAGAAGAGAGAAAAGCAAGCGAAUACUGUUAUCCUUUUUAUUGACACAUUCAGAAACUGAGCAAUGAAAUAUUAAAAAUAAAACAUCACGUAUAGAUCAUCAUA